AUGUUAAUCACUGUUGGAGACUUCAUUGGGAUUCAUAAAUCUACAGCUGGGAAAUGUGUUUGGAAAGUUUUAAAAGCCAAUGCUAUGUUGAGGUCUAAAUUUUUAACAUUUCCUAAUGAUGUUGUAGGGCUCAAUAAUUUGCAGCAAGGAUUCUAUAAAAUAGCAAGGUUUCCAAAGGUCAUUGGAGCGUUGGAUUGUUCUCAUGUGAAGAUCCAAUCACCAGGGGGAAAUAAUGCUGAAACUUACAGAAAUAGGAAACAAUUUUUUUCUAUUAAUGUUCAAGCUAUAUUAUGUGGCUCAGAUUUGAAGUUUUUGGAUAUUGUGGCGCGUUGGCAAGGUUCUGCUCACGAUUCUCGAAUUUUCAAAAAUUCGAAAAUUUGUGCUAUGUUUGAACGUGGUAAUUUUGGAAACGGUAUACUACUAGCUGAUAGUGGAUAUGUGCUGACAAAAUAUUGCAUCACACCAAUAUUGACUGUUCAAACACCGGCAGAAAAUUUGUUUAACGAGUCACAAAUACGAACAAGAAAUCCUAUAGAAAGGACAUUUGGUGUAUGA